AUGAGCGAGAUUUACACCAAUCUUCAAGUCUCCCCGCGGAAGAAGCGUUGUCUACCGGGGUCGGACGAUGAGAGUGUACUCACCCCCAAGAAACUUCGGAGAGCCCCCCCAACACCACCUCCAACUGUCACCCGGAAGACAGUAUCUGAAACCUCGCCGGCUUUACCUGCUCAUCUGAGCAGGUUACAUUCAAUACAAACAAGACUACAACAUGCUAUCUCACAUGCGCUUGCUACCUGCGCAGUCUCUCCUACUUCAGAUACAGGGAUUGUCCGGAACGUGCUGAACCACCUAUCGCUGUCAACCUACGCUGGUUUGACCACGCAAUUCGACAUCGAUGACCUUCGCCGACUGUGUUGGCUCUGGGAAUGGGAUGGCGAGGAGGUGAAACCUCCGGUUGCGAAGAAGAAGAAGGAUGAUGAUGAUGUGUUUAAUGAGGAAGAAGACAAUCCCUUCUUAGAGUCCGAGGCUGCGCCAGCACCAAAAGAGUGGACUAGAGGAGCGAUGGGGUUCGUUAUCAGCACGACCACCCACCAUUCCAGGCGGGAAGGGAAACGAGUGCCUGCAUAUGGCAUUGGUAUAGAAGUUGAAAUGGAUAUUGAUAAAGAUAUGGGUGGUGGAAUGGCAGCAGUAGCCCGGUGGACAGCAGCCAGCGAGAAACGACGCGCUGACUUCCUCCAGAAACUAAAACGCUGGGUAGAGUUGCACCCCGGUGCCGACCCAGUCCCAACCAUCCCCUUAGCAGAUUUACCUGAACUACCUGCAGCGCCAAAGACUACGACGCUAACCAGGCUCUUCGCUGCUGUUUCUCCUAAGGCGUCAUCUUCUUCAUCCCCUUCGAAACUGCCUAUCGCACCGCCCUCACCUUCUCGAUCCUCUACGAAGUCCCCAACUAAAUCCAACAUACUAUUCCCGUUAUUAUCUCCAAGGAAGAAAACUACGGACAAUCGUCCUUUCCCCGUUCCCUCGUUUCCUGUAACUCCCUCGUCACGAGCGGAGAAAAAGAACUCUAUUUUGUUUCCUGUCACACCCUCUUCCCAUCACGGAAGUGCAAGCUCGGUGAAAGCUUUACUCACUCCGCGCACACCUACCACGUCGUUCUCCGAUUCUGGUUCUGAAUGCUCUACACCUACACGUCAACGUACCUCAAGUACGACGACGACACCUACUCAAACGCCUUCAACGUUGCGCAGGCAGGCUCUUUACGAGCGUGUCCGGCAAAAAUCGCUGACCUCCUCGCCUACCAAAACGCCCUCUAAGAGCGCAGAUGGGACCACCUUAACCCGGGACCAGAUGCUGAAGCUCAGUCAAGACGAGAUGAGGCGACGUUGUUUACUCGGCCGGCUCGACGGAGUAGCAGAUAGCGUGUGGAUGUUAUUUUCUAACCCCACAGGAUCCAUGUCCACGCCAUCGCGGAAACGGAAGGCGUUGCGGACCUCUGAGGUCGCCACGGCGAUUGUCAAGUCUUCCCCCGUUCCUAUCUCAGCCAGUGAAGCCAACGAAUCAAUCACCAUGCUCACUACUCUGUGCCCUUUCUUCCUUCGAAAGAUGAACAUCGGGAAGGAAGAGUGGCUAGAGAUGCCUGCGCCUACUAGUAGUUCUGAUAGCGGUGGUGGGGACGCUUCAUCGAAGUCACCUACGAAGUCACCCGCGAAAUCGCCAACGAAGGCCGCUCCUCCGAGCCCCGGAGGAAAAGACAGUGUUCAAGAGCUGUUGACUCGAAGCCCGCGCCGCGUAAAACGCGAAACUGGUGGCCUCAGAGAGGUCCGCCAGAUCAUCAGACGCGAGCUGUCUCUUGCAGAUUGA